CCCAAACACUUCCUGAAGUCCCCCUGAUGGCAGUCCCGUACCUCUUUUACUGCCGCUGUGGAAAAGCGAGUCUGUCAUAGCAUAACCCAUUUUUAUCCAUCCUUGUGAAGGAGUAAUACUAGGCACAGGUUAAAAAGACUUCUUUGCACUUCCUGGGAUGUUAUGUUUAUUUAGCCUCUUAACCUUGCAAAACAAGCCGAAAAUCCUAAGGACCUACCACAGAACUGUCUUUGACCCUGGGGUGAGACCUCCAGUUACAGUGUGUAACAGUGACAGUCAUGAGAAAAAGAGAUGCAGUGAGUGAGAUAUAUAAAAUAAUAUGCAGAUACAUGCAAUUUACAGGAAGUACACAAAUUUCAGGAUUUAUUGGUGUUAGCUGUGAAAAUAAGGAGCAUUAGCUCACUAUUUUUACUAAUGAGCAGGGCAAACAUCAAAUCAGAAGAAGGUAACUCUAGGAGGCAGUUGCUAAGUGAUCCUAGCAGAACUGCCAACUAUCUUCUGUUUGAUGGACACAUUUAGACCAAAACAUAGGAGAAAACAUAUCUAAUUAAAACCCUGGUUGUACCUUAAAGGUGCUGUUUUUAAAGUUUUGUUUCUGUGAGAACAGAGCAAGGAUAACAAUAACCAAAAUCUCUUGUCUUUUAUUAAAUUGUAAACUUACAAAAAGUGAGAAGCUUAAGUUUAAAGAACAUGAAAUAGAUUACCGUGUUUUUACUGGAAAUGAUCAUGGAAGAUAACUUUUUUGUUACUGGUUUAUAAUCUGAAACUAGAAAAGAUGAGCUGGUUACACAUGACAAUAUUAUGCUUUAUUUGCUCUGGUAUCAUCUGGACACAUGAUUUUAUCACCAUGAUAAAAUACAUCACAAGUACUACCAUAAAAAUGGCUCAGCACACCAUUGUAAAACUAAGCACCAGGGAGAGGUGGCCUUCAUUUCUGGGCAGGAGCGUGAAGGAUGGAGUUCAGACCAUCUCACACCAUAACGACACUUGGUGUGGGUGCCGAAGGGGAAUCCUCCUUCGCUUGCUGAGUCCAGGCCUAGCUGCUCAAAGUACUCCGUUCCAAGCAAUGUCUCAUCCUUGUGGUUCCUCUCCCGCUAGUUCCAGAGUCCUAGGCAAAUGAGAGAGGAUUAUUCUAAAGAUCAUGUGUCAAUCCAGUGUGAGAUUAACGUGAGAGUAAAUGACAAAGCUGCCUCUCCCACAAAACGUGGAUAUAAUCACGGUGAUGCUUUCGGCAGUGGUGUCUGAGGUUUUUUUAGGUGAAAACUAAAACUUUUACAUUUACAGAAGGUGGCAUAAAUCAUGAAAUGCUUCCUGAACGUGCUUUUGGCAAUCUCCUCAAUUCAUUGAAGAAUAUAUGCAAAUUUCAAAUCCAGUAUGGCUCAGAAGAGGAGCUCGAGUGGGCGGUCAUUCCCAUUGCUGCUGCUGAUUAUCGUUGUGGCCUUUGUUCAUCUAACUGUAUGUCCUUUUACAAAAGUGGAGGAAAGCUUUAACCUACAAGCUAUCCAUGAUGUGGUGUACCACCAACUGGACUUGGAUAAGUAUGACCAUCAUGAAUUUCCUGGAGUUGUCCCUAGAACGUUCCUUGGACCAAUUUUUAUUGCUGCUCUUUCCAGCCCAGCUAUAUAUGUACUUUCUGUGCUAAGAAUGUCCAAGUUUUACUCCCAGCUGAUAGUCCGAGGAAGCUUGGGGCUCAGUGUGAUUUACACAUUAUGGAAGUUGCAGAAAGAGGUUAGAAAGCAAUUUGGAGCAACUACAUCAACAGUCUUCUGUCUCAUCACUGUUACUCAGUUUCAUUUGAUGUUUUACUGUACACGAACCCUCCCUAAUGUGUUUGCACUUCCUUUUGUGCUCCUGGCAUUGACGUUUUGGAUACAGCAAAAGCAAAGGCCAUUCAUUUGGUUCUCAGCUUUGGCAAUUAUAGUCUUCAGAUCAGAGCUCUGCAUAUUCUUAGGCCUCAUGCUCCUGGUGACAUUAUUAACUAAAAGAAUCUCCAUUUUCAAGGUGCUUUCCCAUGCUGUUCCUGCUGGAAUUUUUUGGUUGGGGCUAACAGUUGCUGUGGAUUCUCUGUUUUGGAGGCAGCUUGUGUGGCCUGAGGGGAAAGUGCUCUGGUAUAACACAGUUUUGAACAAAAGUUCCAACUGGGGAACCUCUCCCUUCCUGUGGUAUUUCUAUUCAGCCCUGCCUCGUGCUCUGGGAUGCAGCAUAAUAUUUGUACCUUUAGGUGUAGCAGAAAAGAGAACUCGGAUAUUGCUUUUGCCAGCACUGGGCUUUAUUUUCUUGUAUUCGUUUCUCCCACACAAAGAGCUGCGUUUUGUCAUAUAUACUUUUCCUGUCUUCAACAUAGUGGCUGCUAAAAUGUGCUCACGGAUUCUGAAUAACUACCGGAAAUCCUGGAUGUACAAACUUGGAUCUUUCUUUGUUAUAAUGCAUCUUCUAGUUAAUGCUGCUUAUUCAGGAACAUCUUUAUAUGUUUCACAUUUCAAUUAUCCUGGAGGAGUGGCAAUUCAGAAGUUGCAUGAGUUGGUACCUUCAACAGCAGACGUGUCUGUUCAUAUUGAUGUGGCUGCAGCACAAACAGGAGUUUCUCGGUUUCUAGAAAUCAAUUCAGAUUGGAGGUAUGACAAAAGAGAAGAUGUUAAACCAGGAGACCAGUUGAUGUUUUCUUACACACACAUACUGAUGGAAACAAACCCUCUUCAAAUAUCACAUUACAAGACAACCCACAGGCCACUGGCAAAUAUACCUGGCAUCAGUAAAAUUGGGUUGAACCUGACUGCACUACCUCCUUUUACUUUAAACUUGAAACCAAAAUUAGUACUGUUGGAAAAACUUCCUCUAUCAUCUUGACUGUGAAUUUUAAGUCUUUUGAUGUAAUUUUGCUGAUGACUGAAUAAUCUAAGAUGACAGCAAUUUGUCAUUCCAGCACUGCAAUUCAGUUUCUGUGGGAAGGCACGGAAAAAUCUUUGUACCUAUUGGUAUUUAGUUCCGUCCUGUUUCUUACAUUAAUAUUACAAUGCAUUCCUAGUCAGUAUAUACUCGAAUACUGAGUUGUAUUGUUAGAUAUGUUUGAGAGAGGCUACCUACAAGUUCAGUGGUACUAAGUAAAACCUGUCUAUUUGGUUUGGGUAGCUGUCUAUUUCAUAAUGUAGCACAGGUAUGUCCUAAUUGUUCAAUAUAAGAUACAUAAUGGAACAGGUUUGUGCUACGGCAAUAAUUUGAUAUGUAAUCUGUGUGUGCAAAGAUGUAUUACUUGAUGUAUCUGCAGGAUUGUAACCCCUUGGUUGUCAGAUUGCCUGUGUGAAACUUAAUGAUGUUAUCAACAUAGGAAAGCCAUAUUCACUGUAGCUUCAUCACAAUGCUUAAUUGUAUCCUGUAGGCUACCAAACUAAUUAAAGAUUUGCUUAAAAAGCAGUUAGACAUCUUGACAAGCACUGUCUCAUAACAGAUUUGAGUAUUGGAGGAUGGUUAUCUUUAUUCCAACAGUUCAUAAAUAAGCAGCAACUUGGAUUUCAGAGGAAAAAUUUUAAAAAUAAUGUUUCUCUCUUCUGCUGCAAUGAUAUUAUCUUAAUUUGCAGUGCAAACACCUAUGAAAAUAUUCACUUGAACACACUUUGAGAAGAUAGGUGCUGUUCUUUUUUUAAAUUAAGUAGCCCCUUUGGAAAGAAAUAAUAUAAUGUGCCAUGUGUUACAUCCUAUAAACUAGGGUAAGAUAGCAUGCUCUGUAAUCUCUUUAUUAGAUGUUUUUGUUAAGGAUGUCCGCCUAGAUUGCUGAAUGGAACAAGUUAAGGGGUAAACUAUGGGAAAAAAAAUUUUGGUUGGGGCCAGUUGUAAUAUGACAGGAGCUCCAUUAGUAUAAAAAAUCAGUAUUGAUGAAGUAAUCAUGGGCAGAAAACUAUUCCUUGCUGACUGGAAACUUGAGUAAAAAAUUCUUACUGAAUAAAACGGUUGGGCUUUUUUUAAAAAACUCUUAAAAGCA